UCCCCGCCCCCGGCGGACGCGGUGGGCGUAGAAACAAGCUCCUCCUCGUUCUCACCCAUUGCCGCUGUUCUGUUUCCCAUCAUCAGUACAUCAUGAGCCCGGACAGGAUGGCGGCCCUGUUGAACGAAUGGCUGUGGCAGGAGCGGUACUGGCUUCCUCCUGGCAUCAAUUGGCAGGACAUGGAGAUGGAGGACGAGGAAGGACGUUUUCCUUUGCCCCGGGAUCUCCUCAUCACGUUGCCACUGGCCUUUGCAUUUAUAGCCCUAAGAUAUGUAUUUGAGAGGAUCAUCGGCAUUCCUUUAAGCAGAUAUUUAGGUGUGAAGGAUCGUAUCCGGAUUGAAGCUCCGUCUAUCCCAAAGCUGGAAGCCUUCUACGAACACACCAGUCGGCAACCAUCACAAAGUCAAGUGGUGAGCUUGGGGACGCAGUGUGGACUCUCUCAAAGAAGGAUUCAAACCUGGUUCAGACACAGAAGGAACCAGGACCGACCCAGCAACACAAAAAAGUUCUGCGAGGCAGCCUGGCGGUUCGUGUUCUACAUGGUUUCCUUCGCCGCAGGACUCGGCUCGCUGAUUAAUACUCCCUGGUUUUGGGAUCAAAGAGAGUGCUGGAGGGGAUAUCCAAAACAGCCUGUGGCAGAUGUCCACUACUGGUAUUACAUGUUGGAGCUGGGUUUCUAUUUGUCCCUGCUGCUCAGCAUUUCUGUGGACGUCAAGCGAAAAGACUUCAAGGAGCAGGUGGUUCAUCACAUCGCCACUAUUUUUCUUAUCUGUUUCUCUUACUGCGCCAACUAUGUGAGGGUUGGCACGCUGGUGAUGCUGUUGCAUGAUUCGUCCGACAUACUGCUCGAGUCUGGCAAGAUGUUGCACUACGCAGUGUGGACCAGGACAUGUGAUUUUCUGUUCAUCGCGUUUGCUUUGGUCUUCCUGGUCACACGACUUGUGGUGUUUCCUUGCAGGAUUGUCCACACGACCAUGGUGUCGUCUCUCGACUUCUUCCAGCCUUUCUUCGGUUAUUAUUUCUUCAACGCGCUGCUGCUGGUGCUGCAAGCCCUGCACAUCUUCUGGGCCUAUCUCAUUCUGCGCAUGAUCUGCAAGUUUGCCUUCAAGGGCAAGGUGGAGGGAGACGAACGCAGCGACGAGGAAAGCGAGGUGGAUGAACAUGACGAGCAGGAGCCCGAGGGAGAAGAUGGCGAAGCUAACCGCGAGCAAAGGAAGGAGACAGUCAACUCCAAACCGACGUCGCUGGCUAACAACUGUGGCCUAAACAACCUGACAAACCAGAGGAAUUUAAACAGCAAGCUGCGUAAAGCCAGAUAGUGGACUCUCCUCGCCUUGUGCUUACUGCAGAUAAACUCUGUGUUUGUGUGCGUCCUCAUCCAGCACAGGUCAUUAACAGUUUUAGGUCAGGGUAGGUCUGAAUCCUUCUUUCCAUCACAAAAUAGACCAUCCAAGCACAGAUGAUUGCAGAGCUUUACAUCUAGUCUGAGACUUACAGGAAGCACCAUCAAAUAAAUCAGACACACCACGGAAACCGUGAGAUGUAUUCCACGUCUAAUUGUAGUUUAUACAUGGUUUGUAUUUAUGCUCUUUGUUUUCAUUUUAUUGUGAUAACUUGUUUGUAAAUAUCUUAAGGAAAGAAACUCAUUAUUUUCUUCCUUAUUUGAUGAAGCACUAAAGGUUUUGUAUGACAUCUAAUUUUCAUAUAAUAUGUAGGUUAUGUAUUUAAACGGAACAAACCCAAGAAUCAUUUUUAUUUUAUUUCACCCCCACAGGUUUUUUGUUUAUGUACAUAUUUAAUUUAAAAAAACUACUGAUCAUAGGAAGCUGUUUGAAAACCACUAAACAUCCACUAAAGAUCUACAGUUAAUAUUUCUAGUAACAUUUGAUUCAUUUCCAUUAUCUUUUUGCUUACUAGACAUACGGCGCCCUCUGGUGUCCACAAACAGCAUAUUUUGUUAGGAGAGCUUAUUUCUGACUGAUAACUUUUAUCAAAUCUUGUACUGCUUCUGAAGAUGUUUACUCGAACCAUACGUGCGCUUUUUGCUUUCUCGCUCAUUAAGAACCAACGUUGGGUUUUACUGUUCCGGUUUGAGCCACCGAUAUUUUGUUUUGUUCCAAAAGCUGCUGGUUUUACACUAACUUAGCACAGGAAACCUGUAUGAACUCUUUGCACUGACGCUUUUGCUUUUACUGGACAAAAACAUGAGAUAAACGCAGCUGUGAGUGAUGCCGCCGGUCAAAAUGUUCAGCGUACGCCAUAAAAUGAGCGUCCACGCAGAGGCAUUUACAUCCCAGUGGUUUGUUUCUCAGAUAAAGAAAAGUUGUUUCUUAUGGUAUGAGUAGCUUACUAAUAGAGCAUGCAUUUAUCCAGUGAACUGCACAAGCCAGUGUUUCCACCGAUGUACUUGGUCAUUCACUGGUAUUCUGUAUAACGUUUCACUGGGGCUCUCUAAAACCACUGGCUGCUGUCGCUGUUCACAAAUGGCGUGUCUGCUGCUGUUCUACUGGAGCUGACAGUUGUAGAUAGAGUGUAAAUAUUUAGGGAGGGUUAAAAAUAAAAAAAAGGGCUGAUUCACUGAAUGACAUGCGUUUGUUGAGAUUGUAUUAAAUAUGAUUAAAUUAUUGUUUUAAUACGUUUAUGAAGCAGCUACACCGGACUGUUCUGUAGUGAGAGCACAUGGAUGUUUUGUUUACCGGGCGACUUGUUGUAAGGUUUAAUAAAUGAUCCAUAUUCAACAAGUUGGCAAUGAAAUUA